AUGUGCAUAGUUCUUUUCCCUCUACCUCCUCUUCCCCUUUUCGGCUCCCCCCCCCCUCGGGAGGCCCUCGUCGCCACGGCCGGGCUCGCCUCGAAGUCCUGGUCCGAGCGCACCCCUGGGGAGGUCCCAGGGGGAGCAGCGCGGUGGGCAUCUUCACGGCUUCCCCAGGACGAGGGCUCCUUCGGGCGGGUUCAGAGGUGCAGCGACAACCUGGUGAGGAUCGGCCGCGCCGUGAAGUCGAUCCGCAUUCCGUCGGAUCCGAGGCAGCUCGUGAUGCUCCACCGCGAGGUGGAAGCACUCGUUGCCCUCGACCACCCCCACAUCGUGAGGCUGAUCGAGUACUUCGAGGAGGGGUCCGAGCUGCUGCUGGUGAUGGAACUGCUGGAGGGCCUCAGUCUAGGGCACAGGAUGAGACUGGAGGGCCGCUUCGGCGAGCGGCUCGCGGCCAUGUGCGCGCGCCACAUGCUCAAGGCGCUCUUCUGCUGCCACUCCCACGGCAUCGCCCACAACGACGUCAGCACGGAGAACUUCAAGUUCCUGGGCCAGGGUCCCGAGUCAGCCCUGAAGAUGGUGGACUUCGGCCUGUCCGAGCGCUUCGACGCGCCCGCCGCCUGCCACGCCAUGGGCGCGGGUGGAGAGCAGGACUCGAAGUACAAACACCAGCAUAAGCAUGAACUGUCGGAGUUCCGCCCGGAUCUCUUGGAUCGGCGCAAAUUCGAACACCCCUGA